UUAUGUACGUUUCUUCACUGAAUCAAAGUAAUCUUUUGUUAAUCUAAGCAGUGCAUUUGAAAUGUCAUCAUCGUUAUUUCCUAGGAGUAAAUAAUACCGAUCAAUACAAUGAAGCCUUCUAUCAAUCGCAGCCAAGUAUCGUCCACUGAUGCCAAUUAUCUCAAGGACCAAAAUGAUCGCGUCUGUAUCGAAAUGAAGGGAAGAUUAUUCUCCAUUCCCCGACAUGACUACGACCGUUUAAUAGCAGAACAGGCAAACGAUAAACCGGAAGACCGGAUUCGAUUGAUACACGCAGGGCCUAAAAAGAAGCCACCUUCAACCCUUCAUGGAGAAAUCACAACUCUUGAAGCUUCUACAACUGGUGCACAUUGUUCGGAACGUUCGGAAGCUUCACUUUCUAGUCACCGACCAGCACCAACAGAAUCCGAUCGCACUAUUACAAAACCAGAAAAUAAUGCAAAACCAUCAACGGAACAGCUUUUCUCUCGGACAUCCAGCGGCUUUACAUUAAGCAAGGAGGCCAUCAUCGAAAAACCCGUAGAUAAAAAUUCGCCGAAACGGAGUUUCGUCAAAUUUAAGAACAACCUGUACCUGGGCACAACGGAAUCCGACAAUAGUCUGACACCGAAAUCACCAGUAGAGAUGACCAAAAAACUGUUCCAACUCCGAUCCAGUGUAGUCAACACGAUUGACCAGUUUAUCGAUCAAAUUGAAACGGACCAUGACUACGGGAACUCUGCUGCCGGGGAGGAAAAGAAGCAUCCGUUGCACCCGAGUGGGGAUGGCUCGACUCUGGACUACCGAAAGGAAAACCUGCAGCUGUUGAAUACGGAAUCAUUUGCACGGAACAUUAGGGAAAUUCGAACCAAGUUGUAUCGGGAGAUUGGCACGCUGGUGAAUCGUUUGAAGGAUCUGGACUCGCUGGAGUAGCGGUAGUGAUGUUUUCUAUUGUUUAUUUUGUAAUGUUUUAUUAUCAUUUGUAUGAAUACAUCAAUGAAUACGCAAAAUGUAAGUUCUCCUUUUGAGUAAUUUCAAAUCUUAGGGCGCAAAUUGAAUUUGGAUAA